AUGUCCAGAUAUUCGCCGCAGCAGGGCGGCUAUCCGUACUCCGCUGCCCGCGCUGCCUAUCCUUCCUUCAUCCCCGUCCAGGACUCCUUGAAGCUGCAAGCCACAUGGCUCCUGCGCGGUCUCGCCGACGCGUUCAGAUGGGACAUUGUCGUCAGGACCGUCAGCAGCGACCCAGAGAUCCGCGCCAACGUCCUCAAGUCCCUGCUGCUGAACUCGCUCUCGUUGACCUCGAUCUACGUCUUUGAUAUCCUUUUGCACCCCCUUGUGCGAGACCAGCAGAAAUGGCUCCAUCGGAACGUCGGGUGGUUCUACCAGGUGCUGUGGCUACUCCCCGUGGUCGGAGCCUCGCUCUAUCUGAAUAGCUCGUGGUGCACCCUUAUUGCCAAGCGAACCUACGCCCUUCAGCACGGAUCUCGAGCAGCAGCCGCCGAGACGUCGUACACCUACACUGGCCUCCUCCACGCGCUCGCGUCGUCAGCCUACCGAGGCGUCAUGAUCGUGACCUCUAUUACGCUUGAUUUUGCCCUUGGACACAUCCCCGUCGUUGGCCCAGCCUUGAGCUUCGCGUUCUUGUGUUGGGUGGAUGCCUAUUAUUGCUUCGAGUUCAUAUGGACAGCGCGAGGCCUAGCGCUCUUCAAGCGAGUCAGGCAUCUCGAAGAACACUGGGCGUACUACUUCGCCUUCGGUCUCCCGUCGGCCGCGCUGUGCAUGUGGGGCAGCGGCCUCGCCAACGCCGCCAUCUUCGCGCUCAUCUUCCCCUCAUACAUCAUCAUGGCGAUGCACGCCCACCCUGUCCCGCACGACCCCUACAACCCCCUCCCGGUUUCUGCCUCCGCCACUGACACCCGCCCGCUGCUGCCCUCGCCGUACGUCCCCAUCCGGCUGCCCGUGUUCGCCUCCGUCAUAUUCAUCAACGACUGGAUCGUGCGCGUACUGAGCCUGUUUGGCCCGCGCGGAGGGGGAAGGCAUCGCAGGGGGCUGAGCGAGGCGGAGGCGGAGAGCGUGGAGGAGGGCGUGGAGAUGAGCGCGGUGGGGAGGGGCGGGAGGAGGAUUGGGGUGCGGGGGGUGAGGAGGAAGGUUGAGUAG